UCUCGAGCUACAAAUCCACAUUCACGAUCUGCAGAUGAGGAGGCAUUCUUGGAAUGUAUCGAGGCUAUCGAAGCCAAUCUAGAAGACGUCAACAUUAUCAAAAAAGCUAGCGAUAAAGAAAAAAAAUGGUGGAUUAAUGGAAAUUAUAAGGCAAUUGAUGAGGAAAGACUGCCUCUGGGUCUUAUGGAAAAUGUAACGUACCGUGAAUAUGAAAAGAAAGUGAAAUUGCAAACGCAGCCUUCACCAAUCUAUAAUUUCAAGAAUGCUGGAGCGACAACUUGUCUUGGUUCGGGGCGAAGAUCUGCCAGACAAGCAGACACUUCAUCUGUGCCCAAUCGCUUACCUAUACCAUCUCCUCAUCCAAGUGAUGUUCAGGGUAAUCCCUGGCCAACCGUAGUCUGUGAGGUUCCCGAUCCAGAGGAAGGAUACGAAUGGAUGUCCAUUGCGUCGCUUAACAGUUCAGUAAUGUUUCCUUCAAGCGGGUCAAGCACGGGGAAGGUUCCAGCCAAUUCAAACGGGAGGAAUCAUGCUGAUCAACCCAUCUUGUUUAACCCACAAAAUCGCAGUACGAAUUUGGGACCAUUGAUAGACAUCAAAGUUCAUAUACGUAAUGGUUGCUCAGCCCAGGGAAUUCUUACCGAGACAAUUGCGCCAGAAUGUGUUUAUCAAGGCUGUACUCCACCAUAUCCACCAUAUCCGUUUGCAGGGAAU